AUGAAAAAUUUAUAAAGAGUUGAAAAUAGUAAUAAUUUAAAUGGUGAAUAUUUUCCAUAUUCUCAUAAUAACAUAUUCACAAUAGCUUUGAAAUAGAUUUCAUAACCUUAAGGUUUGGGAUGGGAAAUAGGACUAAAAGAAUAAAUCUAAUCAGAUCAAGCUUUUACAAGAGGAAAGUAUAAUUUUAAGAUAUUGUAAUAUUAUAAAGAUGGAAUUUUAACUAUAUAAAUGAUAACUACAGAUGGUCUUUCAUUAGUGAAAGGAAGAAUCUUAUUAGAAAAUAGAUUUUUACAAGAAUCUGGAGUUUAUAUGCAAUACUUAACAUUAAUUAGUUAUAAAUCUGAUUCUAUACUUGGGAAUCCUGAUUUGGAUAAAAUAAUUAAUAAUUUUAUGGGUUUAUUAGAAUAUUGUGAAAAUUGUGAAGUAUGUGAAUUUUAGAAUGAUGGUAAAGGAUAUUGUAAAAAAUGUAAUAAUUAUUUUAAAUAUGAUUAAAUAAAAAAUGAAUGUGUUUGUGAAUAUGAUAAAGAUGAAAAUGGAUAAUGUUAUAAAAAGUGUUUAAAUUCAAAUUGUUUAAGUUGUGUUGAUAAUUUAUGUAUUAAAUGUUCAGAUAUAACAUAAAAUACUUGUAUAGAAUGUGAUUAUGGUUAUUAUUAAGAUGGUGAAUUCUGUAAAUAAUGUGAAAGUAAAUGUAAGACUUGUUCUUGGGCUAAUGUUUGUACAUCUUGUAAUAAUAAUUAUCAUUAAUAAAAUGGAGAUUGUGUAUAAUGUUAAUCUCCAUGUUUAGAUUGUUAAUCAGAAACAUAAUGUAAAUCAUGUGUAAAUGGGUAUUAUAUAUCAAGUGAUAAAUGUGAAUUAUGUUCAUAAUCAAUAUAAAAUUGUAAAAAUUGUGAUAAUUAAACAUAAUGUUCAUAAUGUUAAGAUGGAUAUUAUUUAGAUUCUACAAAAUAAUGUUAAUUAUGUGCAGAUAAUUGUCAAUUAUGUAGAUCAAUAUCUUAUUGUACAAAAUGUAUGGAUGGUAAUUAUUUAGAAGAAAGAGUUACAAAUGAAUAAGCAAAUUGUAAUGUGUGUCCAUAAAAUUGUUCAAAAUGUAAGAAUUCAUCUUAAUGUACAAAAUGUAUAACUGGUUAUUAUGAAAAGGAUUUAAUAUGUCUUAAAUGUGAUUUAAAUUGUAAAACAUGUUUUGAUUAAUCAAAUGAAUGUUAUUCUUGUGAUUAAGGUAAAGUACUUAUUAAUAAAAUAUGUUAAUAAUGUAAGUCACCUUGUUAGACAUGUGAUAUAACAGAAGAGACUUGUACAAAUUAUAUAGAUGAGACAUAUUAUUUAAAUAAUUUAAAUAAAUGUAUUAAAUGUGAAUUACCAUGUAAAACAUGUACAUCUUAAUAACAUUGUUUAAGUUGUGAAAAUGGAUACUAAUUUGAUACAAUUAAUAUGAGAUGUAUUAAUUAAGAUCCAAUAUAAGGAAUAUGUAUUGAUGGUUAAUAUAUGGAUUAAAAUAAUACAUGUUAAAUAUGUUCAACAAAUUGUUUUACAUGUAAUAAUAAUAAUACUAAUUGUACAACAUGUAAAACUGGUUAUUUUUUAUAAAAUAAUACAUGUUAAUAAUGUGAUUAGAAUUGUAUUGAAUGUAUAUCAUAUACAGAAUGUAUAAAAUGUAAAAAUGAAUAUGUUACUACUAUUGAUAAGAAAUGUUAAUUGAAAAUUUGUUCUAAUUCUGAAUGUUCAUUAUGUUAUACAGAAGAUACAUGUCAAAAUUGUGUAAUAUCUUAUUAUUCUUCAAAUAAUAAAUGUUUAGUAUGUGAUGAUAAUUGCAAAUCUUGUGAUAAGAAUGCUAAACAUUGUACUUCUUGUAAGAAUAAAAUGUAUUUAGAUGUAUAAACUAAUACAUGUAUGUAAUGUUCAUAAAAAUGUUUAACUUGUGAAUAAUCAAGUAAUAAUUGUUUAGAAUGUAAUAUAAAUUAUUUUCCAUUUAAUAAUGAUUGUAUUAAAUGUAGUGAUAAUUGUUAAGAAUGUGAAUCUUAACCUAAUAAUUGUAAAAGUUGUAAAUAAGAUAAAUAUCUUCAAAAUGCAGAAUGUAUAUCAUGUUCAAAUGUAAAGGAUGGAUGUCAUAGUUGUACCAAUUCUACAUCAUGUACAAGUUGUGUAAUUGGAUAUUAUUAUAAUACUACUGAUAAAUCUUGUUAUAAAUGUCCACCAGAAUGUUAAGCAUGUACAUCUCCAACAAAUUGUUCUGAAUGUUCAUAUACUGCAUAUAAAUAUAAUUCAACAACCUGUAUAUAAUGUCCAAAAAAAUGUAAAUCAAAAUGCUCAUUUAAUAAUUCUAAUGUAAAAUGUGAAUAAUGUGCUGAUGGUUAUUUUUUAAUAAAUGAUGAUUGUCAACCUUGUAAAUCACCAUGUAAAACAUGUGAAGAUAAUGAAAAUAAAUGUAUUUCAUGUUAAAAUGAUUAUCAAGUAACAACAAAUUAAAAUUGUUAAUAAAUAUGUGAAAUGACAAAUUGUAAAGAAUGUAUUAUCUAAAAUAAUGUGAAAACAUGUAAAAUAUGUUUACCUGAAUAUGAAUAAAAAUCUAAUUAAUGUGUUCCAUGUCAACCUGGUUAUUAUUAUGAUAAGGAUCAACUUAAAUGUAUUAAAUGUGAUCCUCCUUGUGAUUAAUGUAAAUAUAGUAGUACAUAAUGUACAACAUGUAUAUAAUCAAAGUAUCUGAUUAAUAAUUAGUGUUUAGAUUGUUAAUAAACAUGUCAAUCAUGUACAAAUCUUACUACAUGUACAAGUUGUAUUACAGGUUAUUAUUUAUUAAAUGGAUAAUGCAUAUAAUGUUAAUCUCCUUGUACAUAUUGUAAUAAUAAUGUCUGUUAAAAAUGCUAAGAUGGAUACUUUUUAGAUUCCUCUCAAUGUUAACCUUGUAAAAGUCCUUGUAUUACUUGCUAAUCUCUUAAUAUCUGUUAUUCUUGUAUUAAAACUCACUAUUUUUUAUAAGAUAAUUAAUGUUAAAAAUGCUAUACAACAUGUUUAGAAUGUGAUCAAUUUGGAUGUACAAAAUGCAAUGCAGGAUAUUAUCUCAAAGAUUAUACAUGUAUAAAAUGUUCUGAAAAUUGUUUAAUUUGCGAUGAGAAUAAAUGUUCUAAAUGUAUUUAACCUUAUGUGCCUGAAAACAACAUUUGUGUAAGUUGUAAGAGUCCAUGUAAAAUUUGUAAUAAUGAAAAUUGUUCAUAAUGUUAAGAUAAUUAUUUUCUUAAAGAUGGAUAAUGUUUUCCAUGUUAACCUAAUUGUAUUACUUGUAUAGAAAAUUAAUGUACAUAAUGCAAUAAUAACAAAUAUUACAUUUCUUAAUCUAAUUGUGUACCUUGUAAACCUAAUUGUGAAAGUUGUGAUUAAACAGCCUGUAUAGAAUGUGCUGAAGGGUAUUAUUCUCAAGGUUAAGAAUGUAAUAAAUGUUAAGAGAAUUGCCUAUCUUGUUCUUAAGAUAUUUGUUUUACUUGUAAAGAUGGGUAUUAUUAAAAUAGUAAAUUAUGUAAUAAAUGUUAAGAGAAUUGUCUAACUUGUAGUGCAUUUGAUAAAUGCACCACUUGCAUUUAAGCAUAUUAUUUACAUAAUUCUGAAAAAUGCUUAAAUUGCUAAGAAGGAUGUAAACUAUGCACUACUGAAUUAGAUUGUACACUAUGUUUAGAAGGGUAUUAUUUGGAAAAUACUCCUAUCAAUAAAUGUACUAAAUGUAAUGUACUUAAUUGUAAAAGUUGUUUAAAUAAAGAUUAAUGUAAUUCAUGCAAUAAUGGGUACUUUUUAUAAGAUAAUCAAUGUCACAAAUGUUCCAAUGGAUGUCUUAAAUGUAUAAUCUCUAAUGAUCCAACAAUUGGUACAUCAAUUUGUUAAGAAUGUGAUAGCAAUGUCACAAACUUUUUAAAAUUAGAAAAUGGGUAAUGCACCCUAUCAAGUGUAUGUAAUCAAAUUCAAAUGUACAAAAAUGAAUAAGGAAUAUGCGAGAAAUGUAUUGAAAAUUGUUUAAAAUGUUCAUUCAAAAACUCCUGUGAAUUAUGUUAUGAAAAUUAUACUUUUAAUUAAGAAUCAAAGAAAUGUGAAGAAGAUGUAGAUGAAGAUCCAUCAUACGUCUUACCAAUUGUUGCCAUUUUUGUAUCUAUUCCAACAGUAGGAAUACUAACAGUUUUAAUCAAAAAGCUUUUAGAUUAUUCUAAUUACCCAAAUAAUGAACUGCCCCGUGUUUGA